AUGGUGCCAUCCUUCAACACUGUUCAUGGUUUGUUGUACACAAACCUGCUUGAUGAGGAAGACGACUCCUUUAUACUCCAGUUGGAGAGUAGUGGAACCAGCAGUUCGAAAGGAAGAAGUUUUGCUGGCCAGAAAGUUCCAAAUACAAAUAAUGCUUCUGAAGAGUUAUACAAAGUGGAUGAAUUUGCAGCAAAAGCCCUCACAGGAAAGCUGACUACAGUUUUUCUUCCCAUUGUCUAUGUCAUUGUCUUUAUUAUUGGUUUGCCAAGCAAUGCGAUGGCCCUCUGGGUCUUUUUUUUCCGAACAAAGAAGAAACAUCCGGCUGUGAUUUAUAUGGUUAACUUGGCGUUGGCAGACCUUCUUUUUGUUGUCUGGUUCCCAUUGAAGAUUGCAUACCAUGUAAAUGGCAAUAAUUGGCUAUUCGGUGAAGGUCUCUGCAAAGUACUUGUUGGAUUUUUCUACGGAAAUAUGUACUGUUCCAUUCUCUUUAUGACAUGUCUCAGUGUGCAACGGUAUUGGGUUGUAGUGAACCCCAUAGUGCAUUCAAGAAAGAAAUCUGAAAUUGCCUUGGGCAUCUCCCUUGCUAUCUGGAUACUGAUUUUGUUGGGCACCAUUCCAUUGUAUCUUGUUAAUCAGACGGCAUAUAUUUCAAAUCUUAACAUCACUACCUGCCAUGAUGUGCUGCCUGAAAAUGUUUUGGCUCACGAUAUGUUCAAUUAUUUUCUUUCACUUGCAAUUGGACUCUUCUUAAUCCCAGCUCUCCUCACUGUUGUCGCUUACAUACUAAUGAUCAAGACUCUGAAUGCUUCCAUCUCAGAUGUAAGCACUGGGAAGAAACGAAAAAGAGCAAUCAAACUCAUUAUCACUGUCCUGUCUAUGUAUCUCAUCUGUUUUACACCUAGCAAUGUGCUGCUUGUUGUGCACUAUUUGCUCCUCAAAACCUACAGCCAGAGCUAUCUGUAUGUGUCAUACAUAACUGCACUGUGUCUUUCUACUUUGAACAGUUGUAUUGAUCCAUUCAUCUAUUACUAUAUUUCAAAAGACUUCAGAGACAACCUUAAAAAUGCUCUUCUUUGCCGAAGUGUGCGAACUACACGGAGGAUGCAAGUGUCUCUCUCGUCAAGCAGAUACCCCAAGAAAUCAAAUUCUUAUUCUUCAAACUCAAAUGGGACUACUAAAUCAACCUACUGA